AGAGCGGGACUCAGAGCGGCGGAGGGAGAAGGACGUCGCUGGAAUAAGAGGAGGAAAAGGGAGCUUCGUUUUGGGGGAGAUGGGGGUCCUCCUCCGCUGGGCCCCCCUGAUCUUGUGGGUGGCUGCCCACCUGCUGCUGCUCCUGGACUGCGCAGGCUCCACUUCUCACUCCCUGCGCUACUUCCUCACAGCCGUGUCUGAGCCUGGCCAGGGGCUGCCCCAGUUCAUUUCUGUGGGGUACGUGGAUGACCAGCAAUUUGUUCAGUACGACAGUGACACCAAGGAGCUGCUGCCUCGCAUCCCCUGGAUAAGGAAGGUGGAAAAGGAGGAUCCUCAGUACUGGCACAGGGAGACUCAGAUAUCUCAGGGUGCUGAGCUGACCUUCAGGGUGAAUCUGCAGAUUCUGCGGAAUCGCUACAACCAGAGCAAAGGGAUCCACACUUAUCAGCUGAUGUACGGCUGUGAGCUGGGGUCAGAAGGGCGCAAAGGAGGAUACAAUCAACAUGCCUAUGACGGGAGGGACUUCAUUGCCUUCGACAAGGACACCCUCUCCUGGACGGCAGCAGAUACAGGGGCCCAAGCGACCAAGAGGAAGUUGGAUCCUGACUUGGGCCAGAACCAGUACAAGAAGCACUACCUGGAGGAGAUUUGCAUUGAGUGGCUGCAGAGAUACCUGGACUAUGGGAAGGAGACUCUGCUGAGGACAGAGGCUCCGGAGGUGAAGGUGACCAGGAAGGCAGGCUAUGACAACCUGGAGACCCUCGUUUGCCAGGUCCAUGGCUUCUACCCCAAGGAGAUUGAUGCCAACUGGGUGAAGGAUGGGGAGGUCUGGCAGGAGGGCACCUCCCGAGGAUUGGUCGCCCCCAACUCGGAUGGGACCUACUAUGUCCUGCUCAGUGUCAAGAUCGACCCCGAGGAGAGGGACCGCUUCCGGUGCCGCGUGGAGCAUGACAGCCUGGAGAAGCCUCUGGACGUGGCCUGGGAGAAGGAGCCAGUCAACCUGGGGCUCAUUGUGGGAGCCAUUUUGGGUAACGUGGCUGCCAUCUUGCUGGUCUCUGCAAUCAUCAUCUUCUUCAUCCGCAGGAAACAGAGCGAGAAAUUAGCCUACAAAGCCGCCUCAAGAAGCGACCAGGGGUCUGACAGCUCCUCCAGCGUUCACCACUUGCGCCUCGAGUUCUGCCAGGCGACGGAUUCCGCAACCUGCCCGGAGUUUUGUGAUUGGCGCAAUAUUUCCCUGUCGCCCAAUCCCGGCUCCCGCUGCUGGUGGUUCCGCAGGCGGGGCAGAGAGCGGGCCUCAGAGCGUCAGAGGAAGAAGGACGUCGCUGGAAUAAGAGGAGGGAAAGGGGGCGCUGUUUGGGGGGAGAUGGGGGUCCUCUUCCGCUGGCCCCCCCUGAUUCUGUGGGCGGCUGCCCACCUGCUGCUCCUGGACUGCGCAGGGGUGGAAAAGAUGAGCGGCAACACCAGGCACCAAAACGCCUCCCCCUUGUCAAUGAGAGGAUUCCUCAUUAGGAUCCACACCAUUCAGAUGUUAUUUGGCUGUGAGUGGAGCCCAGGCAGGAGCAAUGGAGGGCUUUGGCAGUACGCCUACGAUGGGAGGGACUUCAUCGCCUUCGACAAGCAGACCCUCACCUGGACGGCAGCCGAUAUGGGGGCCCAAGUGACCAAGAGGAAGUGGGAUGCUGACUUGGCCUGGAACAAGUACUGGAAAGCCUACCUGGAGGAGACUUGCAUUGAGUGGCUGCAGAGAUACCUGGACUAUGGGAAGGAGACUCUGCAAAGGACAGAGGCUCCGGAGGUGAAGGUGACCAGGAAGGCAGGCUAUGACAACCUGGAGACCCUCGUUUGCCAGGUCCACGGCUUCUACCCCAAGGAGAUUGAUGCCAACUGGAUGAAGGAUGGGGAGGUCUGGUAUGAGGGCACCUCCCGAGGACUGGUCGCCCCCAACUCGGACGGGACCUACUAUGUCCUGCUCAGUGUCAAGAUCGACCCCGAGGAGAGGGACCGCUUCCGGUGCCGCGUGGAGCAUGACAGCCUGGAGAAGCCUCUGGACGUGGCCUGGGAGAAGGAGCCAGUCAGCCUGGGGCUCAUUGUGGGAGCCACUUUGGGUGUCCUGACUGCCAUCGCUCUGGUUUCUCUGAUCAUCUUCUUCAUUCGCUGUAAGUAA